AUGGAGCAGUAUCAGCACUACAUUCCACAGUUCCUCCUGCGUAACUUUUCCCAUCCCUAUGAAGUACCGACCCAAGGUAGUCCUGAGCAGAGGGGCGAAUACCCUUAUGAAAAAGGCAAGCGCCCGGGCAACAAAGUGCUCAAUGUCGUGGACCUCACCGUGGACGGACCACGAUUGCUCGAAGCACCGGUCUCCCGUUGGUUUGGCCAAGCGGACAUGUACAAGGAUUUUGCUGCUGCAAUUAAAGAAAAUAAUGAGGUGGAAGAAGGACUCUCUAAGCUCGAGUGCCGGAUAGCGGUAAUACUUCAAAAGAUCAAGAAGGCCCAUGAGAAUAGUGAGCCCGGAAUAUGGCUCACUCGGGUUCAGAGAAACAUGCUCCGAAAGUUUCUCUUCGUCAUGAAGUAUCGAGGACUGGGCUUCUACAACAAGUAUAUGUCUGAGGAUCCGCAAUCGUAUGAUUCGGAAGACCAACAUCUUCUCAGGGCCUACAUGGCCGAAAAUAGCAUGGCGAGACCUAGGGAUGUGUGGCUCCACAAUCUCCGCGCCAUCCUGGACCUCGAUAUGGAUGCUGAGGGAAAGUGGAUGACCCAACUUCCGACUCUCAUGUUCCCCGCAGACGCCCAGAUGUUUAUCGUUCAUGCCAAUUUCUCCUAUAUGGCAUUUUGCACACCGACCGCAAAUGAGGACGAGUUCCUGCUCACCGAUCAAUGCUACAACGUCUUCGAGGGCCCGACUGACGAAACUUUCUGUGCUAAAACGGGCGAGUAUUUAGGGAACACAUUCCUGCGUUACCACGAAUUCGGGCCUGUAACUCCCCGGCUGAUCAUUAUUCUCCGAAGUAUGAUACUACCCAAAGCGUUAGAAGACACAGACCCUAGGAUACAGAAAUCACGCCAGAUGAUGAUGGAUGCAGUGGCGACUCAAUUUCCAGAUCCAGAGAGUGUCAAGUCUAUUCUUUCCGAUCUGCCAGUAGCAAAAGCCACUAACUCUUAUACGAGAGUCGUUAACGGCAGGUUAGAACUUGCACCGGGAGCUUCAGGAACACCGCAGUCCACUGACAAGUUUUGUUUUCGAUUUUGGCCAAUUUCUACCAAGCAUGUGGAUAUCAUCAAUUCUAUCUUUUUAGAUAAUCUUUUGCAAUGCAGGAGUGUUGUUUUUGGCUCAACCGCACCUUUCAAACGAACAUUGGAGGCUUAUAUGAGCAUGCCAGCACAUGGCUUCAAGUCAAUCGGCAUCGGAGAGCAUAGGGCUCGAGUCAGCCGUCUUGCUUGCCUCAAGAAGUUAUCGACUGUGCUCGAGAUGCUUGGGUCUCAUGCUGUACCCGUCUGGCCUACCGAAGGCCAGGAGAUCAGGGAGCCCUUCAUUCAGUCUUUUCACGAUCUCUGGGUAGAAAUGAUGAAGAAAAUGCUUGGUUCCGGCGAUGAAUCCUUCUCAGAAUCUGAAAUUGCCCCCUUCUGGCAAGCCUACUACAGACUAGGUACGUAG